CUACCAGGUUGAAGAUACUAUUGGACCUGGCAGCCUGUUAGUGAUCUGUGUCUUCCUAGGGUGUGUGCCUAUAAUUAAGAGGCCAAUUCAGGUCAUCAUAGAGGUUAUCUGGUGUUUUUUCAUCAAACUAAACUCCUGAGUAUCUUUUAUUAAGGUGGCUAUAACCUAAAAAGCAACAAACCCAAAUGGGUUUCUUUUGUGCAGUCAGCAGAUUAAGGAUUAGGUUUUUCAAAAGGCCGGUAUGCAGAUUAACCCAUAGAAAGCAUGAAUAAUUGUAUAGUUGAGAGGGCAUGAAAAACACAUACAAAAAUAAUCUCCCCAAAGAUUCUUCCAUGUUUCAUUUCUUCAGAGAUGCCGUCUGCAAUUUUGUUAUCUGCAAUGACUCUUCCCUUCGAGGUCAGCCCGUUAUCUUCAAUCCUGACUUCUUUGUGGAGAAGCUCCGACAUGAGAAACCUGAGGUGUUCACUGAGUUGGUGGUCAGCAAUAUCACAAGGCUUAUUGAUCUACCCGGAACUGAGUUGGCUCAGCUAAUGGGGGAAGUGGACCUAAAGUUGCCAGGUGGGGCUGGCCCAGCAUCAGGCUUCUUCCGAUCUCUAAUGUCUCUUAAACGAAAAGAAAAAGGAGUGGUAUUUGGAUCCCCACUGACAGAAGAAGGCAUUGCCCAGAUAUACCAACUGAUCGAAUAUCUACACAAAAACUUGCGAGUUGAGGGUUUAUUUCGAGUACCAGGGAAUAGUGUCCGGCAACAGAUUUUAAGGGACGCUCUCAAUAAUGGAACUGAUAUUGACUUGGAAUCAGGAGAGUUUCACUCAAAUGAUGUUGCCACCUUGUUGAAGAUGUUCCUAGGAGAGUUACCAGAGCCCCUGCUGACGCAUAAACAUUUCCAUGCACACCUCAAAAUUGCUGAUUUGAUGCAGUUUGAUGAUAAAGGCAAUAAGACCAAUAUACCAGAUAAGGAACGGCAGAUUGAGGCUCUUCAGUUGCUUUUCCUCAUUCUCCCUCCACCCAAUCGUAACUUGAUGAAGUUAUUGCUUGAUCUCCUGUACCAGACAGCAAAGAAACAAGACAAGAAUAAGAUGUCUGCCUAUAACCUUGCUCUUAUGUUUGCACCUCAUGUCCUGUGGCCAAAAAAUGCCACUGCAAAUGACCUUCAAGAGAACAUCACGAAGUUAAACAAUGGAAUGGCUUUUAUGAUUAAACACUCCCAGAAACUUUUUAAGGCUCCUGCUUACAUUCGGGAAUGUGCCAGAUUGCACUAUUUGGGCUCCAGAACUCACGCAUCAAAGGAUGACCUUGAUUUGAUAACUUCAUGUCAUACUAAGUCCUUCCAGCUGGCAAAAUCUCAGAAACGGAACCGGGUAGAUUCCUGCUCUCAUCAGGAGGAGACGCAACAGCGUACGGAAGAGGCAUUGAAAGAUCUGUUCCAACAUGUCCACAAUAUGCCAGAGUCGGCAAAGAAGAAGCAGCUUAUUAGACAGUUUAAUAAGCAAUCUGCGACCCAAACGCCAGGGCAAGAACCUUCUAUUCCCUGGGUACAGAAGAGGACCCGCUCCCGUUCCUUCAGUGGGCUUAUUAAGCGGAAGGUCCUGGGGAAUCAGAUGAUGUCAGAAAAGAAAAACAAGUAUCCUACUCCGGAAUCUGUGGCCAUUGGUGAAUUGAAUAGAGUCAGCAAAGAAAAUGUGAACUCAUUAUUUUCUGGCUCUCCAGCUGUCAAGAUGACACCAACAAGAUUGAAAUGGUCUGAGGGGAAGAAGGAGGGGAAAAAAGGAUUCCUCUGAAGGAUCCAGAGUCCUCCUGUCAUCCACCUAGGAAUUUUCUCUUUAGUGGGCCAAGUGUUAUUACAACUCACAGCAAUGCUUGAACUUGCAGCUUGCUUGCUGCAUUUUGAACUGUGAAACUAAUACUUGACUGAUACCUGUAAUCCCACUUACUGGAUGUUUGCAAACUGUGCCUUCUGAGCGAAUGCUAUGAACUUUUUUUUUCUUCUUAAUAUUAUGGGGAAACCACUAACCAGCCAACCAGCUUACACAGCACAAUAAACAGGCAGAAUCAGGUGGGCUCCAAUGCUCAUUCAAUGUGUUGUUUAGGCAGAUUCUGUUUUUUAAAAAUAUGAAAUGUGUGUUUAACUGCCAGUGAUUUUUUUUUAAGUACCGCCAAUCUUAGUGGAUUGAUGUUAUUUUUAACUGAUAUUUUGGGCUUUUCUCUAUUUUGAAAUGUUGGGGGGUAUUUGGUUGUUUUUUGUUUGUUUUAAAAGCCAUUUUUCUGGGAAUGUUGAUAGGUUGUCUAAAGGGCUAAGUGGUCUCAAAGCCAGAUAUCUUUCACCCUUUUUUACCCCAAGCUUUGGGAAAGUUCUUUAUCUCAUGAGGUAUGUUCCUCAAUACCUUAUUUGUGUCCAAAGAAUUUAUAGCUUUCCUUGAAAUUUUCAGUUAUUUCUUAGUCUGAGAUUGAAGGGCAUUGAACCUGUAAUAUUGAAAAAGGAGAAUUCAGAAUGAUAACAAUAGUUUAACAAAUUUCAGCUAUUAAACUCUGCCUCCUUCUCUCCCUCCCUCCCUCUCUCUCUUU